CAGCCGUCUGAGGGCGAAGGACCACUUCCGCCCGGACGUUGGGUGCUUCUCAGCUGCUUCCGGGGAUCUAAGAUGGCGGUGGCGCUGUCGCUGCCGCUCGUGGCGGAAGGGUCUCCCCAAGUCAUGGCGGACUGAACGGCGGCGGCUCGCCCCGGGGAAACGGGCUACCUCGUCCCAUGCCCACCCAGGUUGGGUGUGAGGGGGUCCGGGGGGAAGCGGGGUUCGCCUGGGCCGUUUGUCGCUGCAGGAGGGAGAGGGGAAGGUUUCCGUGGCGGUGGAAUGGGCGCUGGUUGCUGGGGGCGAGUUGGGUUGCUAGGGCCGCGCUUGCUGGGUUGGGAGGGAGAGAGGGGGAGAGGGUUCCUCGGCCGCUUAGUGGGGCAUCGCCUGCAUCUGGGAGCUCCCUGCCUAUGGAGAUCAAGCAGGCGCCUUUCCCUUCACUCUUUCUGCGACGCCUGGUGAAAUAAUAAUAAUAUUAAUAGUAAUCAUAAUGAUGAUAUGAUUUAUACCUCGCCCAUCUAGCUGGGUUUCCCCAGCCACUCUGGGCGGCUCCCAACAGAAUAUUAAAAACACAUUAAAAACUUCCCAAUACAGUGGUACCUCGGGUUACAGACACUUCAGGUUACAGACACUUCAGGUUACAGACUCCGCUAAUCCAGAAAUAGUGCUUCAGGUUAAGAACGUUGCUUCAGGAUGAGAACAGAAAUCGUGCUCCGGCGGCGCAGCGGCAGGGGGAGGCCCCAUUAGCUAAAGUGGUGCUUCAGGUUAAGAACAGUUUCAGGUUAAGAACGGACCUCCAGAACGCAUUAAGUACUUAACCCGAGGUACCACUGUAUAUUGCUUGAAAUAUGGUGCCUUUCACUUUCUCCCCCCACCCUGUUGUUACUGGUUCAGAAUAUUGUAUGCUGCUCUAAAAGGUUUAGCUGGGGAGAUGAAGGUGGUCAGUCUUUGGACUGAUAAAAACCAUGAUUUACACCAGGGGUUGGCAACCUAAGCCCCAUGGACUGGAUGCGUCCCAAUCACCUCAAUCCAGCCCGCGGACAAUCCGGAAUCAGCGUGUUUUUACAUGAGUAGAAUGUGUCCUUUUAUUUAAAAUGCAUCUCUGGGUUAUUUCUGGGGCAUAGGAAUUUGGUCAUUCCUACCCCCCCCCCCCAAAAAAAAAUAUAGUCCAGCCCACCACAUGGUCUGAGGGACAGUGGACCAGCCCACAGCUGAAAAAGGUUGCUGACCCCUGGUUUACACAGCUUUCAUUUAAAGGAGGCAGAGGGUGCUUGGGGGGGGGGGGAGCUGUAGGAUUUUCUCUGAUUCCUUUCCACUCUCUUAGUCCAGUCUAAGAUGAGCCACCUGCACAGUUGUUCUUAGUUCUGGUGCAAGAGAUCCUUUAAACUGGAGAUGCCAGGGAUUCACAGCCAUUGUUUGAAAAAGAGACAAGAGUUUGGGUGAAUUCUCCCAUUUGCUCUUUACAGCUUAGUGUCCCUUAAACGUUUUUCCUUGACACAUCUCAUACAGCUGAGCACGAAGGUUUGAGUCAGACAGACAGAGCAGUAGAUGGGGGUAACAUGAGUCUUGUUUGCAAAUGCAUUGAUUUGUACUUUAAAAUGUUUGGGGCCUUUGGGCUUCCUUAGUUGCUUUGUUAGUGAGAUUCUCACCCUUGUUUCUGAUGCUUCUGCAGUUCUGCUUCCCUGGCGAGGCACAUGGAAGUUUCAUCCCAACCCCCCACAGAAGACGCAGCCUGCACUGGUCCCAGUUGUUAAAUGAAUUCCGUGUCACCCACCUCAGUGCAGUACUUAAGCCAGGAUGAGCUGCGCCACUCAGACGGAAGGCAACUCUUUAAUCCCAGGUCCAGCAGUCAAGGGGGGAACUACCCAGGGCUCUUCCCCGGAGGGGGUGCCGCACGCAGCCAACAUAGCGAGCCUGACGAAGUGGACAAGAUCAAAAGCAAGCUCUUCUCUGUCUGGAACAAUGUGAAAUAUGGUGAGUCAGACUUACAGUUGUUGCAUGGAAAUUAAAGGAAAUUAUCCUUCUUCUGCUUAGUCCUCCACUUGACAAGUUUAAAUAAUGUUUGUGCUUCCUUUAAGGGGGAAAACCCCACCAAAGUUGGCAUACAAUUAAAUUGCAGCAUCGUACAAUUAUAAAAAUAUUAAAAGCUAGAAAAAUGAACCAUAAACUUCUAGCCCCAAUAUUCCAAAAUAUAGUAGCAGUUUCUGGUUUUAAGUCAGAACAAAAAGGGGGGUAGUGGUUGGAUUCUCUUUUUCAACAAUGCAUUCUUAUCUUAAAAAAUGAACAAUUGAAAAUUGUUUAUUGAGAAAGCUUUGUUAGCCACUAAUCAUCUAUGUCUAGAAUCUUAAACCAGAAAUUAAACAUGUAUGCAUCUCAAUUGUGUUUUAAUCAGGUUUUUAACUUAAUGUUUAAUUUAUUUUUAAAAUAUUUUAAAUAGUUGUUUUGAACUAAUUUUGUUUUAUUGUUUUUAAACCACUUUGAAGGUGUUUGUUUUUUGCAAUCAAGUGGCAUAUAAAUUUUAUGGAAUUAAAUACUAAAUUGGCAGUGUGCUAGUUUUAGCCUACAGUGACAUAGAAGGUAUGGCUCUGGGAGUACUCAGUAGAAUUAUUAGCACUUGGCUUUGUAUGAUUUUGGGAGACCCAGGAUAUCCCCAGAUUUCAGUGUCAUAAGGUUUGUGGGUAGAUGUUGUCUUUGAGAAUCAAGAUGGCCCCAAACUUCAAGACAAUUUGUAGCCUGCACUCUUGAGAGGCCUGAUUCUCAUGUUGGCCUUUGUCUUGUUGUGCCAUGAAGUGACUUCCUUUAUUUGGCACGACUUGUCGUGCCAUGGAGUGACUUCCUUUGUUUGUGCUGCAAGAGCUCCUCUGAAAUUCCUCCAUAUGUUGAGAUCUGGAAUUCUGCCAUGUCCUCUGGGAUAUGGCAAAUCUCCAGGUCUUGAAACAAAAGCAUUCAUUCAUUGACAAAAGGCACUUUCAUGCCAAGCUUACCCAAAAUCCCUGUUAGAUUUGGAGGCUGAGCACAGGCUUUUGAUAUGUCAGUAUUUGUUUCUGAGAACAGCUGCCAAGUGUGUUUUUUACGAAAAGAGCAGAGAGCAAAUGUGUGUAGGAGGCUUACACACCUUGAACAAAUAUGGCUAGCCUUACUGGUCAUGGGGUGGGGAAGAUAAUACGAUUUGGAGAGCAGGUUCUACUUCUGUUUUCUUGUCAUCUUGUCAUUAGCCUCUGCUGGGCUAAUAAAGCUGUCACCUCUUGCAUGCUUUUCUGGUUGGUUUGAGAACACCUCCCCUGCCAGCUUCUGCUUCUGCAUUAGCUCCUUGAAUCAUGGCUGUGAAGAGUGAAUGUGAGCACAGAUCUAUCGGGGUUGGUGAAAAUGUCCUAUUAAAUUCUACUUACAACACUGAUUGUGUGUUUUGUGUUUACAGAUAAGGAUUUCAUAUCUUACCCCAUGGCAUUUAAAAACUAAUCCAAGAGGCAGGGGUGGGGUUGGAGAGAUUUAGUUCUGCUUUCUUUUUGUGUAAUGUUUAACUUGAUUGCUUUAUUCUGGCGAUGGGAGCAGAAAUCCACCGUAUCUUCCCUCCCUGUAUUUUCUCCUGCACUAAGAGCACCUGCUUUGUAUGAUUCCAGGUAGCUUCUCUUGUCAGGAAUGAACAGGGGCAAUUUGGAUGGGGUUGAUUUUAAUCUGUAGUUGAGGGGCUGAAAAAAAUAAAACAUUUAUAGUGCUCUUUCUACACCUGAGCACUGAGCUUCAGGACAUUGUAGAAUUCCCCAUUGCAGGCACAUGCUGGUGAAUACUUUAUCUGUUCAUUUAAGUACAGUGGUGCCCCGCAAGACGAAUGCCUCGCAAGACGGAAAACCCGCUAGACGAAAGGGUUUUCCGUUUUUGAGUUGCUUCGCAGGACGAAUUUCUCUAUGGGCUUGCUUCGCAAGACGAAAAUGUCUUGCGAGUCUUGAGAUUUUUUCCCCGCUUUCCCCCCCCUUUAUCUAAGCCGCUAAGCCUUUAAUAGCCUUUUAGCAGCUAAGCCGCUAAGCCGAUAAGCCUUUAAUAGCCGCUAAACCGCUAAUAGCACUAAUCCGUUAAGCCGCUAAUAGGGUUGCUUCGCAAGACGAAAAAACCGCUAGACGAAGACACUCGCGGAAUGGAUUAAUUUCGUCUUGCGAGGCACCACUGUAUUUAUAAACCACACUUCAGUAGUAGUAGUAAUAAUUACAAGCCAGUGUUCACCAUACAAAAGAUACAAUCAUAAGAAUGUCAAUAAUGCAUCAGUAAAAACUUCCAUAAAUUGUGGUUGGUUAAAAGAAAAUUCCCAUUUCAAAGGCCUGUCUAAAUAACACCAGGUGAGAUUUAACAAAGUUGUUGCAUGUGCAGAAUGAGAUCUGUUCAUUGCAGGCUAUUCUUGGAUAGAUGCUCCCAACUACAGCCAUGCAUUCACGCACGUGAGGACUGAGGUGAAUGUGAGAACGCAAACUGCAAUAAAUAACAUUUGAGGGGUAGCUUCUAGUCCAUUGGUGGAUGUUUAUUGGUGGGUAAGCUCUAUGGAAGGCAACAUCUUAAGCAGAAAUGUGCAGGGAAAGGUGUUCCCUCUGCAGAGUGUUAUGCAGUCAGGUUGGGUGUGGGGAGUUCUGCCACUGGAGGCCACUGGUUUGGAGGUUAGGUCAAGCCUGGAUCUCCAUACCAAUCUGCAGGAAGGAAGUGGAGGCCCAGUGUUGAAUGCCACAUGGUUUGUAACAAACCUACCUGUCUCCUUUUCCUCCCGAGGUUGGACGGUCAAAACCAAAACUAAUUUCAGCAAGCUUUCCCCAGUCUACCUCUUUGGACACAUCUACCGCUUUGAACGUGAAGGUGAGUGGCUUGGGAGGCAGGGUGGAGGGGAUUCCCAGAACUUGAUUUCAUUUUCGUUUUGCGAUGGUAUUGUGCAGUUCCUUCAUGCAACCUCUGCCUGCCUCUUCCUCUGACCCCCAACAAGACACUAUUGAUUUGGUGUAAAAUCCCUCCGUCGAAGACAAUGGAUGCAUUUCUGAAAGAGGCUGCCAAUCCUCUUAGCAGUGCAGGAGUACGGAUAGGAGAUGGUGACUUUGAAGAUCAAGGCCAAGAAGUCCUUUCAUGCCAGCACUUUGUUGCUUUUCUCUCUCUGCCUCUUCUUUGUCUUGGAUAGCCAAGGAGGGAUUACAAGCUCAUACCUGCCCUUUAUUUCCUUAACGUUUGAGAUGUAUAGCAUUAAUUCAGUUUGUUCUGAUCCUUAUUCAUUUAUCCUAACUACUUGGAUCAGGCUUCCUCAACUUUGGCACUCCAGGUGUUUUUGGCCUACAACUCCCAUGAUCCCUAGCUAGCAGGACCAGUGGUCAGGGAUGAUGGGAAUUGUAGUCUCAAAACAUCUGGAGGGCUGAGUUUGAGGAAGCCUGACUUAGAUGAAGAUCUUGACAUAUAGCUAGAGAAAGGGGGUGGGGAACUGGAUCUGGGCCAGAUUUGACAAGUGGACAUGGUCACCCACCUGAUGAUCAUCUGAUGUCGCAAUGACAUUAGGGCAAUGUUUCAUUGGUCCAGCUGUUGUUGGACUACAGCUUCCAUCAUCCCUGACCACAGGUUUGUGAAAAACCGCGUUAGGGGACAGGUGCUCUGAAUUGUCGGGACUUGGUGAGAGCCCUGUUGGGAACUGGCUGACUGCCUGUAGCACAGCCAGCCUAGCCAGUGCACAAUCAGGACUUUGGGACUCACAUUUGUGCACUGGCAGCCACAGUUCCGCCUGCCCAUAAGAUGUUAGGUGCAGGGCAGGUGAGCAUGGUUUGGGGAAAACAGCCUCACAGGCCAAACUGAGACCUCUGCUGGUCCUGAACUUCCCCGUCCGUGAGCUAGAGGGUCUCCCUGUAAAUAUGGCUGGGGGCAUUGUGAUGCACAAAGGAAAAGUUCUGCCUCUGGGCUUGUUUGUGUGCUGCUGUUGGCCGGGCCUCUUCCUUACCGGUCUCUGUUCUGUCUUACAGAGGAUGUGGAGUGCUUUCAGAAGGACUUUGCCUCACGCAUCUGGCUAACCUACCGACGGGAAUUUCAGCAGUUAGAAGGCACCAUGUGGACCACUGACUGUGGCUGGGGCUGCAUGCUGCGCAGUGGUCAGAUGCUGCUGGCUCAGGGUCUCGUCGUCCAUUUCCUUGGCAGAGGUGAGAGGCACAGCUCUGUGUGCGUCAUGUCGUGAGGGGAUCCCUCUCGCCCGCCCCUUCCCAUUCCCCUGUCCCUUCUUGAAGCAUGCAUUCACGCAUGCAGGUAUCUGCAGUGUGCCCCAGAAUCCCGGAGCGUCCCAAAGAGCCAUGUAGACUGAACAGCCCCUCCUCCCAUUGCACCUGCCACCCCACCCCAAAAUCGAUAAUUGAAGGAGAGUUGAGCAGUGGAAAAGUUUUUUGCAGGACAAAUAGCACUACGAGUUGUACAUAGUUGAUUUCACUUGCAAAGCCAAAUGGCUCGGGCCACCAGAUUCAACCGCUAUCCCAAUCAAAAUGUAGGCUAUAAUUAUUUGCAGUCUUGAGCAAGUGAAACGGCCUUGCAUUUGGGAUGCUUCAAUGUUUGGGUGGUUAAUGGGAAUGAAGGGUGCCCAAGUCCUUAGCCCGCUUUUUGGUUUUCUGUUCCGCUUUUCAGAUUGGACCUGGUCAGAUGCCCUUUAUACCCCCAGUUUGGCGGAGAUGGAGCCCAUGAAAGCCACCCCUCUGCCCUGCCCCAGCACAGCUAACCUGCACCAGGUCCCACCUAUCCCUACUGACAGGAGCAGGGGACCCUGGGAGCUGCAGGCCCCUAGGCGCGCCUGCAGUCCUGAUGAACUGGAAAAGGAGCGUUACCACCGGAAGAUUAUCUCAUGGUUUGCUGAUCGGCCGCAAGCACCCUUUGGAAUUCACCGUUUGGUUGAACUGGGGCACAGUUCAGGGAAGAAAGCAGGGGACUGGUAUGGGCCUUCUAUUGUAGCCCACAUAAUCAGGUGAGAGGUGAUAAGACACAAUAAAUGAUUUGACUUCCAGGAAAUAAGUGGGGGUAGGGGUGUUCGAUUUUGGCGAAUUUUCACCAGGAAUAUUUGUGCAAUGGGGUGGGGCAAAUUGCCAGCUCUGAUCACGAGACCUAUAUUUGUUGUAAAAGCUCAUUUGCCGUGUGUUUUUGCCAAUUAUUGCAUGGCUAUGCUUAGUGCACAAGACAAAUCAGGAUGCUCAGCCAAGAAUAUUUAGUGUUUUGAGAUUUGGCAUUGCAAAGGCUUUCCAAUCUACAGAACAUCCAGAAAUGGCCUGCCUCUGCCACCCCAUUUUGACUGGGUUGUGGAUCAUCUCACUGCAUAUGGCAUCAGGCGAUUCAAAGUUUAAGCCAUGAGAACAGGCAAAGGUUUUAUCUCGUGAAUGGGGCUAUGAGACCACAGCGUUAAAAUUAAGAGACAAGUCUUGGCCUGCUGCCAAGGAUUGCAAUCAAAGGAUAAUAUGUGUCCCUCCAGAAUGUUAAAUUGUGUAUUUCUGCACUAUGUGUGUAUGUGGUCCUGACCCAGAAGUUUCAGCAAAAGGAACAGUUGAUCUUUUCUGCCCCCUUCCUUCCUUCCUUCCUUCCUUCCUUCCUUCCUUCCUUCCUUCCUUCUUGUGUUGAUCCAGCAGUGUUUAGUCAGUGGGAGGGGCACAGAUUCCAGCCUGCCUUCUGCCUUUGAGUCUUUAGCACUUUGGCGUUGUUGUUGUUUGUAUGGGGGGGGGUUUGAGGGAAUUUUGCCAAGCAUCAAAAGCAGAGGAGCCCUGAAGCUGACAGACGGGCUGUUCUGCUGCUCCACUUCCUUUGCUGACCUCGGAAGCUAGAAAUCUAUAGCUUCUUCCUUUUGUCCUCAAUCCUCUGGUGGUGGUCUUGCAGGGAUGAGGCUGGCUGGAGAGUGGGGUCGGGAGGCAACGCUGUGUCCAACUGAAGUGCACCUUCUCCCCCCUGCAGGAAAGCAGUGGAUUGCUGUUCGGAAGCAGGCAACCUGGCGGUGUAUGUGUCUCAGGACUGCACAGGUAAAAGGAGCUGAAAGGGGGUGGGGGUAAGCAGCCCUGCCUGUGGUUCAUGAAGCACCUGGGAGGUCACAGCCCAGGCAGCUGGGCUGAGAUCCCCUUGGCUGCAGGACCUGAAUUCCUUGCUCUGCUGCUUCCCAUAGUGUACAAGGAUGAUGUGGCAAACCUGGCCAAUAGAAGCAAAGACAGGACCGCGUGGGACCCUGGCGCCGAAUGGAAAGCAGUCAUCAUCCUGGUGCCCAUGCGGCUAGGGGGAGAGACGUUUAACCCUGCCUAUGUGGACUGUGUUAAGGUGACUUGGGAAUAGGUGUGAGAUGGACUCCGGGACUCAAAUGGGCACAUCCUUGUUGGAAUCCAGGCUGAUGCCUCAUUCUUCUCCCAAGCCAAGAGCAGGAAAAGAGAGGCAGACAUGGUGGGGGGUGCCUCUUUGGCUCUAUGGGACGUGGGUGGCGCUGUGGUCUAAACCACUGAUCCUCUUGGGCUUGCUGAUCAGAAGGUCGGUGGUUCGAAUCCCCAUGACGGGGUGAGUUCCCUUUGCUGUGUCCCAGCUCCUGCCAACCUAGCAGCUCAAAAGGAUGCCAGUGCAAGUAGAUAAAUAGGUACCACUGUGGCGGGAAGCUAAACGGCAUUUCUGUGCACUCUGGUUUCCGUCACAAUGUUCCAUUGUGCCAGAAGCGGUUUAGUCAUGCUGGCCACAUGACCCAGAAAGCUGUCUGUGGACAAACACCGGCUCCCUCAUCCUGAAAGCGAGAUGAGUGCCACAACCCCAUAGUCGCCUUUAACGACCUAACUGUACAGGCGUCUUUUAUUUCUUUGGCUCUAUGGGAUAGAAUGAAAAUGUAACAGUUCUUUAAGGAGGAUUGUGCCCAUUCUGUGGAAGGAAGGGUGGGGUGGGAGGUUCCUUUGCUGUGUAACGAUGGCCAAGUUGUGUAGCCGCAACAGAGAAAUUGCCUCUCAUGAAUGCAACUAUUCAAGAAGAGCAGUGAAUUAAACAUGUUUGACUACUUGCCUGCCCACCCAAGUGCACUUACCAGUUGCAUUCCUCUUGCCCUGCGUAAUGCUCAAAGUGGGUGGUGGUGUUUGGUGUCUCUCCUGGUCAUUCUGCAUCAGGGCAUACCACAGAGUAGAAUCACAGACUCAUGGAGUUGGAAGGAACCACCAGGGUCAUCUAGUCCAACCCCCUGCAAUGCAGGAAUCUUUUGCCCAACAUGGGGCUCAAACCGAUGACCCUGAGAUUAGGAGUAUCAUGCUCUACCAACUGAGCUAUUUGUUUCCUUCCAUCACUGGGCGACCCCUUGGAAAGGGAGCUGGUCGAAGGUGGUGUGAUUUAAGUUCCUUUGUUGUACAGGAACUUCUGAGGCUGGAUUUCUGUAUUGGGAUCAUUGGAGGAAAACCAAGGCAUUCCCUGUACUUCGUUGGAUAUCAAGGUAAUAGACUUCAUUGCUGAGGUGCAGAAAUGUCUGGUCUCCCUUCUCCUCCUCCAGAUGUUGGGUUAUUACGUGCUGCUUUGCUUUUCCCCAACAAGGGCAGGCACCCCAAAUUCUCCACCAGAAUGCUUCACCAAAAUUGUUAGCAUGACAUUCAUCCAUUUCUGUGCAUACAUUUUCAUCCAUACUUGGUCACUCUUAUAUGCUCGGUAUGGACCAAAAUGCAAUUGCAGAAGUUACUGGAUGUAAGUUAACAUGCAGAACGUUGCCAUUUUUGUUAUUGGUUGUUGUUUCAAACAUUGGAACUCGAACAUUGCAAACCCAGAAGUAUGUGUUCUGGUUUGCGAACUUUGCCUCGGAAGCCGAACGUCUGGUGUGGCUUCCGAUUGGCUGCAGGACACUCCUUAAGCCAAUCAGAAGCCGUGCCUUGGUUUCCCAAUGUUUCGGAAGUCGUACAGACUUCUGGAACGCAUUCUGUUUGAAAACCAAGGUACGUAAACAUUCGUAAACAUUUCCUAGUGGUGCACAGUUUAAAGGUGUCCCUUCCUCCCUCAUACCCCCACCACACUCAUUCAUAAGACAAAAUGUUGUUGUUAUUUAGUCGUUUAGUCGUGUCCGGCUCUUCGUGACCCUAUGGACCAGAGCACGCCAGGCACUCCUGUCUUCCACUGCCUCCCGCAGUUUGGUCAAACUCAUGCUGGUAGCUUCGAGAACACUAUCCAACCAUCUUGUCCUCUGUCGUCCCCUUCUCCUUGUGCCCUCCAUCUUUCCCAACAUCAGGGUCUUUUCCAGGUAGUCUUCUCUUCUCAUGAGGUGGCCAAAGUAUUGGAGCCUCAGCUUCAGGAUCUGUCCUUCCAUAAGACAAAAUAGGAUCCAUAAUUGAUCUCCCACUUCUCUUGUCUUCCAGAUGACACACUUCUGUUCCUGGACCCGCAUUAUUGCCAGCUCUUUGUGGACACCACUAAGGAGAAUUUCCCCCUGGAGGUAAGCAGCUGUUUAGAGCUCCAGGAUGGCAUGGGAGCCAAUUUGUAUCAUUGUACCUUAGGCACAACUGUGACAAAAUAGUUAACCUUGCAUCCGGUGUGGAGAGUUUACUGCUUAACUGCCAAAACAUAAAUGUGUUUUGUCGCUAAAACAUGAGGAAGCAUAAUAGCCCUUUUAAGAGAAGUAUGGUAAAAAGUAAGUAGUCAAAGCAAGAGCUGGUGUUACAUUUCUGACGCUUACAGAAGGAACAAAACUGGGCAAGGCAUAUUUUAAUCAGUGGAGUGAAAAACUAAAGGCAUCUUAAUUUUCCCUCAAGGUCAGUUUUGAUACUUAUGAAUUCUCUACAUGGAGGAGAAACAGGAGAAUCAUUGGGUCUAUAUGCUCCCGAUGCAUUUUUAAAACAUGUUUUGAGAUGCAGGGUGAUAUUGAAGGCUCUACUUGUGCAAGAUAAUUUCUCCACUUGAUUUUCCUUCUUGGCUGAGAUCAGACAGGACACACACACACACACACACACACACACACCCUGGUUGAACUUCAGGCACUUGGUGAAUGCUCUCUGAAAUUUCAGCUGGCAUUUUGAACAAGAUUUUCUGACUUCAUGGAUGAUUUUAACUGAUCUUUUGCAACCUCAUUGUACACCACUUAGAAGCUACGGUGCUCAGUGAUGUAUAAAUUGGCGGUACUAAAUACAUAGUCUCUGGGUCACCUUGAUGUGAGACAACUCUGUGAACGUCACGUUUUGCUGUAUCCUCUUUUUCCAGUCCUUCCACUGCAACUCACCCCGGAAAACAGCCUUCAGCAAGGUGGAUCCCAGCUGCACCAUUGGCUUCUACGUCAGCCACAGAAGAGAGUUUGAGGGCCUGUGCGUGGAAUUGACACAGGUGAGGGUUAUGUUUGCCUUGAGGCAACUCCAAGCCCUGCCAGUGGGGCCAGCUUUGAAUUGAUGUGUGGAUCUGAAAAAACUCAACACUCCUAGGGUUUAGUGGGAGCAGGGUUUGCAGAAUUCUGAAAUGUGGAAAUGUUGAGGGUGAGGAUCUGGUUGAGGUGAUUUGAGGCAAUGAUGGAAGUACAGUCGUACUUUGGAAGCCGAACGCCUUGGCACUCAUACAUUUUUGCUCCCGAAUGCUGCAAACCCAGAAGUGAAUGUUCCGGUUUGUGAACAUUCUUUGGAACGUUCAGCGUGGCUUCCGUAGCUUCUGAUUGGCUGCACGAGCUUCCCUGUUUCCUGUUCAUGGGCAUUGUGAACUAUGGUGUGUUUUUUUAUGAUAACUCACAAACGGAGAGGAAGAUGUGCAAAUUCUUUUGUACAGGGGUUCUACCACAAGGUGUUAGAUCCCUGUAAUUCUUCCCUGUACAGUGGUGCCCCGCAAGACGAAUGCCUCGCAAGACGGAAAACCCGCUAGACGAAAGGGUUUUCCGUUUUUGAGUUGCUUCGCAGGACGAAUUUCCCUAUGGGCUUGCUUCGCAAGACGAAAAUGUCUUGCGAGUCUUGAGAUUUUUUUUCGCUUUCCCCCCCUUUAUCUAAUCCGCUAAGCCUUUAAUAGCCUUUAAUAGCCUUUUAGCAGCUAAUCCGCUAAGCCUUUAAGCCUUUAAUAGCCGCUAAACCGCUAAUAGCGCUAAUCCGUUAAGCCGCUAAUAGCUGUGCUUCGCAAGACGAAAAAACCGCUAGACGAAGACUCUCGCGGAACGGAUUAAUUUCGUCUUGCGAGGCACCACUGUACUUGGACUAUCACAAAACAGAGAAGAAAUAGACUCUAGCUAUAUUUUGUUCCGGCAUAGAGACCUUCUCAUGUUGUCUCUGCCUCAAGUAUUCGGAUUGUGCCAAUUGUCCUACUUUGUGUCUACUGCAGGUCCUCAAUUCUGCGGCUGCCAAAGAGAAAUACCCCAUGUUUUCCAUUGUAGAUGGCUGCGCUCAGGACUAUGGUUUAGAAGAGCUCUGUUCCCGAUUCUCCCAGCAAACUGUGCAAGGGCAGCGGCCCAGCAAGAGGGGCAGGGCGAAAAAGGCAACCACAGAGGAUUUUGUCGUCUUAUGAUCGCUGGCGAGGCAGCCCCAACACCACUGACAUAUUUAUUUUUAUUUAUGUAGAUGUCUACGGCAGCCGUCUCCCUUUUUGAUCCAGGAGAGAGGGAGAGUCCCUGUGUCACUCUUGCAGUGACUUGUCUUCUGCUACUCCAGCCUGUAGCAGUCAGGUAGCGCUCCAUGUCAGAGGCUGCAAUUGAAAUGUCUUGUGGGGGUUACCAAACUCCUCGAUCGUUAGGAUGCUGCUAAAAGGAAGUCAAGACACUGGAAUAACCCGCAGAACAUGGGCAAGCGAUAUUGAGCACUGAAAUGACUGUACAAUGGCGAGAGCCAAGGCAGUUCACAGUGAGGAGAGGGAAACCUUUAGCAAGGUGGUUCUGGGUUGAUUUUCUAAAAGUAGGUUUCUGUCUCUUCGACUGAGAGUUCAAGGCAACUUCAUUAACUACACAGAGAACUCAGUCCUGAACUCAGGGCCAGGCUAUUAACCCGUGCAUUAUUGCGCUCAAGUUGAGGUUCUUUGCUACUCUGCUUUUGUGGUUGCUUCUCCCCAUCAAUUUGUUUCAGUGCACUCCAUAGGCCCAUAAAAGAAGAGGGAGGGGCACAGCUUGUCUUGUCUAUUUUUUAACUGAGGUGUAUGUAUAGAGAGAAAUCUGUAUUCACUUAAAUUGAGGGAUGAAGACUUUACAAGCUAGAGGUUGUUCACUUCUUAACAGGUGGCUGGGGAAGAGCAAAAGAGACACAAGGCCUGUUUGGUUAAUGGUGUAUUGGGUGGACUUGAGUAAUUAGUAUUAUGACAUGGUUUCAAAGUGUAGAGGAAGGUCUCGCUUUGGAAGGAGGCUAAAGAAGAGUGGAGGGGACAGUUCAGGUUAGUAUCGGGGAAGAAUAGGAUUCCCUACAGAGAUGCAUCCCUGGGAUAGAUAGAGCCUUGCAUAUUGGUUAAGAGAUCCGUGGCAAAAGGGUAUUAAACAACCACCUGUAUACUUUACCCUGGAGACAGUUGCUUGAAUUCUCUUUCCCCUCCCUGCACUUCCUCCUGCCUUAUCAGUCUUUCUUCAGCAGCUGCUAAAGCAAAGGUUAGACUGACAACUCUCAGAAGUGGGCUUGGGUGCUCUUCUGCUUUUCUUAACUCAGGUGUGUUUGUGGUCAGCCAGGUUUGCUGUGUGGAUGACUCUGCUGGCAACCCAGACUCCCCCCUUCAGAGGCAACACUCCUCCUUCCAGAUCUGUGUGAUCAAUAAAAGCUCUGCUCCAACAGGUGUACUUUUA